AUGUCGGGUCUUUUACUGGGAGUGUUACGAAGACAUGGGGCAGUGGGGGCGCGGUCCAUGGCCUCCGUCCCGUCCCUCCCUCCCGCUGUGGCAGAGUUCGUGAGGGGAGCAGUGGAGGAGUGCAAACCCUCAGGGGUCCAUGUGGUCACUGGGACCCCCGAGGAGACCGCCAAUAUCCUGGCACAACUGGAGGUGGAGGGGAUGGUCAAGAAGCUGCCCAAGUAUGAAAACUGCUGGCUGGCUCGCACAGACCCCAGAGACGUGGCUCGAGUGGAGAGUAAGACGGUGAUCGUGACGAAGCAGCAGCGCGACACCAUCCCCAUCCCGGCCGAUGGAGUAAAGAGUCAGCUGGGCAGCUGGAUGAGCGAGUCGGACUGGAGCAGGGCGCGACAGGAGCGCUUCCCCGGCAGCAUGGCAGGCAGAACCAUGUAUGUAAUUCCCUUCAGUAUGGGUCCAGUGGGCUCUCCUCUGACCAAAUAUGGUGUUCAGGUGACAGAUUCUCCCUAUGUGGUGGCCAGUAUGGGGAUAAUGACUCGUAUGGGAACACCAGUCAUGAACAAAUUAGCAGAAGGAGCUGAGUUUGUACGCUGUCAACACACUUUGGGUCGACCUCUACCUCUAAAAGCUCCCCUGGUGAACUCAUGGCCGUGUAAUCCAGAGAAAGUGUUGAUCAGUCACCUCCCAGACGCUCGGCAGAUCAUGUCGUUCGGCAGCGGAUACGGAGGAAACUCUCUGUUAGGAAAGAAGUGUUUCGCUCUCCGGAUCGCCUCUCGCAUUGCUAAAGACGAGGGCUGGCUGGCAGAGCACAUGCUGAUUUUGGGAAUCACGAACCCUCAGGGAGUGAAGCGAUAUGUAGCAGCAGCGUUCCCCAGCGCCUGUGGGAAAACCAACCUGGCCAUGAUGAAGCCCUCUCUGCCCGGAUGGAAGGUGGAGUGUGUGGGGGACGACAUCGCAUGGAUGAAGUUCGACAGCCAAGGAAAACUCAGGGCCAUAAAUCCAGAGAACGGGUUCUUCGGUGUUGCUCCCGGGACUUCGGACAAAACCAACCCGUACGCCAUGGCAACCAUCGCCAAAAACACAGUCUUCACGAAUGUAGGAGAGACCAGUGAUGGAGGCGUGUGGUGGGAGGGGCUGGACUCGCCACCAGAGGGCGUCACUCUCACAGACUGGCACGGGAAAGCAUGGAAGAAAGGAAACCCCACUCCUUGUGCUCAUCCCAACUCUCGGUUCUGUGCCCCGGCCGCUCAGUGCCCCAUCAUUGACCCGCAGUGGGAGAGUGAGGAGGGAGUUCCCAUCGACGCCAUCAUCUUUGGAGGAAGGAGGCCCCAGGGAGUGCCUUUGGUCUAUGAAUCCUUUAACUGGAAACAUGGCGUGUUCGUUGGAGCUUCCAUGAGAUCUGAGGCCACUGCAGCCGCCGAGCAUCAAGGCAAGGUGAUCAUGCAUGACCCGUUUGCCAUGCGUCCGUUCUUCGGGUACAACUUUGGAGACUACCUCUCGCACUGGCUGAGCAUGGAGACCAGGAAGGCCCCCACUCAACUGCCUAAGAUCUUCCACGUCAACUGGUUCCGAAAAGACCCCAGCGGAUCCUUCCUGUGGCCUGGGUUCGGUGAAAACGCCCGGGUGCUCGAAUGGAUCUUCAAGCGGUGCGGGCGUGAGGCAGAUGACGUAGCUGCUAAGAAGAGCAUUGUCGGGUGGGUUCCAGUAGAGGGCGCCAUCGACACCGCAGGCCUCGGCAGCUCUGUGGAUAUGGGAGCUCUCUUUGACGUUCCCAAACCGUUCUGGCAGCAGGAGAGCAAGGAAUUACGAGCCUAUUUCUCGCAGCAGGUGGGCUCGGAUCUCCCAGGGCAGGUGGAGGAGGAGCUGAGGCUUUUGGAGCAAAGGGUGCACAAUUAA